GUUAGGGUUUCUUGUGGAAGGCUUCUUGUGGUCGGGUUCCCACUGUACCAAAUGGCCUGCCGGACACCAGCCUGCGGCCUCGCGCAUCCUGUGCCGCCCUCCCUCCGCGAGAACCGUCGCUUCAGGCCCCGCCGGCGCUAUCGUGAUCGGCACACCCGUGGUCACCGGCCUGCUCUUCGGGAAGGUGUGCACCACGGGGUUGCUGCAGGGCGCACUGGUCUCAGGCUGCCAGAUGGCGAUCAGCAUGAUCAGCACAGGCGGCGCCUGGGACAACGCGAAGAGGUUAGUGGCUGUCUCUACGUUUGACAAGGAGAUGGACGAGCACUACAAGAACGCCGUGAUCGGGGACCUCAUUGGCGAUCCGCUCAAGGACGGCAGCCCCCGCGUGGGAGGGUCCUCGUCAACCUCAGCGCGGUCACAAGCCUCCUGUUCAGCCCUGUGAUCGGCAGAUGGUCUGGGCCUGCAGGUGAGCCUUUCUGGGCCCCUGUGCACUAGCUGCCCAUGGGCCCCUGUGCACUAGCUGCCCAUG